AUGGCUCUUCUGUAUACAGAGAAUGAUGUGCUAUUGAAUAGCAAAGCUGAUAUCACACAGGAACUGGUGGGAUUUUCUGAGAAUUUAUUGGGCACUUGUGCUAGAGAGUUACCCAGUAUUGAUCUCCCAACAGUUAGAGAUGGUGCUAAGCUGAGUUCUGGAGCUCAAGAGAUCUUAAGCCAGCCUGUGAGUCCACAAGAGAUUGAGAGAGCUUUGUGGGAUAUUGAGGAUUCCAAAGCCCCAGGAAUGGAUGCUGUGCUAGAAUUUUUCCAAAAUGACCAUCUUCAUGGUCCUGUAAACAUAACUGCUGUUACACUGGUGCCCAAGAAAGCUGAUGCAAGAUAUGCCAAGGACUAUAGGCCUAUAGCUUGCUGUACUACAUUGUAUAAAAUCAUAUCCAAGGUUAUCACUCACAGACUUCAUCAGGUUAUUGGGGAGGUGAUUAAUCAAGCUCAAUCUGGGUUUAUUCCUGGAAGACACAUAGCAGACAAUAUCAUUCUAGCUACAGAGCUAAUCAGAGGAUAUGGGAGAUCUCACAUCUCACCUAGAUGUGUUAUCAAGGUGGACAUUAGGAAAGCCUAUGAUUCUGUGGAAUGGUCUUUCCUAGAAGGCAUGCUAUGGGAAUUAGGCUUCCCUCAUAAGUGCAUUAGCUGGAUAAUGGCUUGUGUGCAAAGUGCUUCUUACUCAUUGCUCAUUGAUGGAACCCCUACUAAGCCAUUUAAAGCAAAAAAAGGCAUAAGACAGGGAGACCCUCUUUCUCCUUUCUUGUUUGCCAUCUGUAUGGAAUAUUUGAGUAGGUGUUUGGGUAGACUCAAGUUGAAUCCUGAUUUUAAUUUUCACCCUAAGUGUGAAAAAAUUCACCUUACCCACCUAAUGUUUGCAGAUGAUCUGCUUCUCUUUGCAAGAGCAGAUAUGAGCUCUAUUGUUAAAAUUAUGCCUGCUUUUCAAAACUUCUCACAAGCUUCAGGUUUAGCAGCAAGUGUGGAUAAAAGUUGUCUAUUUGUGGCUGGAGUUUCACAGAUUGAAGCAGUACAAUUGGUUGAUGCUAUUCAACUUCCAGUGGGGGAUCUCCCUUUUAAAUACUUGGGGAUUCCUCUCACUUCUAGGAAAUUGUCUUUUGUGCAAUGCAAGCCUCUGAUUGAGAAGAUCACUGAAAGAGCACAAAGUUGGAUGGCUCAUCUUCUUUCAUAUGCAGGAAGGAUGCAGCUUAUAAGAGCCAUUUUGAGUAGUAUGCAAAACUACUGGGCCCAUAUCUUCCCUCUUUCAAAAAAAGUGAUUAAAGCUGUGGAGAGAAUUUGUUGUAGAUUCUUAUGGACAGGUGAGACUAAUCCAUCUCACAAAGCUCCUGUUGCUUGGUCUCAAUUUUAUAAACCAAAAAGAGCAGGUGGUUGGAACUUGAUUGAUAUGAAAAUUUGGAAUAAAGCUGCUAUUUUGAAACUCCUGUGGGCUUUGGCUUUUAAAACUGAUAAACUUUGGGUGAGAUGGGUAAAUGCUUACUACAUCAAAAGAGGGAACAUUCACAGUGUUACUAUUACUAGUAACACUUCUUGGUUGCUUAGGAAAAUCAUUGACAGUAGGUAUUUAUUGAUGGAUCUAGGAGGCUGGGAUAAUAUUUUGCAGCAAGGAAAAUACAGUAUCAAAAUUGUUUAUAGAAUGCUUGUGGAGACUGAAGAUAUAGUGGAGUGGAGGAGACUGAUCAGCAACAACAAGGCAACACCAAAGAGUAAAUUUAUUCUUUGGAUGGCAGUCCAGAACAGACUGUACACCACUGAUAGACUCCAACAGUGGAACAUCCAAUGUAACAGGAGAUGUUACCUUUGUGAGAAGGAAUUAGAGUCAGCAAAUCAUCUAUUUUUCCAAUGUGAGUAUGCAGACCAGGUGUGGAGGACUUUGCUUCAACUUCUGGGGAUAAGCAGACGUGGACAAGGGUUCCAAGAUGAGAAAAUUAUAGCUGCAACUAAAGCUCAUAGCAGGAGUCGUACAACCAAGCUGUAUGUUAGCUUAUUUACAGAGGCAGUUUACAUGAUUUGGCUUCAGAGAAAUCAAAAAGUUUAUAGUGGCAAGUGCUUAACAGCAAGUCAAGCCAUUAGAGAAAUUGUGUUUAAAGUUGCUGGGAGAUGUGAUUCUUCCCAACAUCUCCUAAUGGCAAAAAGGGAGAUCUCAUCUCUGCUGAAGGGUCAUCUGUCCAUGAAGCAGAGGAUGGAGAAAGCGGAAUCGAACGCGAAGUCCAAAGGCGCUGAAUUAGAGUCUUGCAAGGAGACUAUGGAGGGAAUGAGGGAAACUCUGAAGAAAAACGGGGAGGAACUGGAAGAAAUUAGGCAGAGGGCAACUAAGCUGGAAGAGUCCUCGCGUCAGGAGAUCACGGCUCUCCAGGCGAGUAUUGACGCUCAGAAAAAUGAGAUGGAUCUGCUAGAGGCUGAGUUGACAACUAGGGUCGUCAGGGCCAAGCUGAUGCACCAGUUUCUGAUGAAGAAGACAGCGUCGUGGACGCCGCAAAAGGACAUUGACCUAUACAUCCAGUUCAUGGGGUCAAUGAAGGAUCUUAUGGAUGAAAAAGACUUGGCCGCGACGGCGGACUCUUCAUCAAAAGAAGUUCCAGCCACUGUCUUGCCAGCGGAAGUGUCAAAGGUGAAGGAAGCUGAGAAGAUCCCUGACGUUUAA